GGCGGUGGCGGCGGCGGAGACGACGGUGGAUAUGGCGGAGAAUAGCAGCGAGUCAAACGACGUGAAAACGAAGCUCUCGAAGCUGUUCUGGCAUGGCGGCUCGGCUUAUGAUGCUUGGUUCAGCUGUGCUUCAAACCAGGUGGCUCAAGUUCUUCUUACGCUGCCAUAUUCAUUCUCUCAGCUUGGAAUGGUGUCUGGAAUUCUGCUUCAGCUCUUCUAUGGCUUGAUGGGAAGCUGGACGGCUUAUCUCAUUACUUCUCUUUAUCUCGAAUAUCGCCUCCGGAAGGAGAGACAAAAAGCCGAGUUUCGAAACCACGUCAUUCAGUGGUUCGAGGUUUUGGACGGGUUACUAGGAAAGCGAUGGAGGAACGUGGGUUUAGCAUUCAAUUGCACGUUUCUAUUAUUCGGGUCAGUGAUUCAACUGAUAGCAUGUGCCAGCAACAUAUACUACAUAAACGAGAAACUCGACAAGAGGACAUGGACGUACAUAUUCGGAGCUUGUUGUGCGACCACAGUGUUCAUUCCUUCGUUCCAUAACUAUAGAAUUUGGUCAUUUUUAGGUCUUGCAAUGACCACUUACACUGCUUGGUAUCUCACCAUGGCUUCCUUCCUUCAUGGCCAGGUUGAAGGAGUGAAACACUCGGGGCCGACCAAGUUGGUCUUGUAUUUCACAGGAGCCACCAACAUUCUGUACACAUUUGGGGGACAUGCUGUCACAGUGGAGAUUAUGCAUGCAAUGUGGAAGCCGGAGAAAUUUAAGGCCAUAUACUUGGUGGCGACGGUGUAUGUGCUUACAUUGACACUUCCAUCGGCGGCGGCGGUUUAUUGGGCGUUUGGAGAUUUGCUUCUAAGCCAUUCUAAUGCCUUUGCUCUUCUCCCUAAAUCUCCCUUUAGAGAUCUGGCUGUUGUUCUAAUGCUCAUCCACCAGUUCAUAACAUUUGGAUUUGCAUGCACGCCAUUAUAUUUCGUAUGGGAGAAAGCCAUAGGGAUGCACAAGUGCAAGAGUCUAUGCAAGAGGGCAGCAGCGAGAUUACCUGUGGUUGUACCCAUUUGGUUUUUGGCCAUCGUCUUUCCUUUCUUCGGUCCCAUCAACUCCGCGGUCGGUUCGCUUCUCGUUAGCUUCACCGUCUAUAUCAUCCCCGCCCUCGCUCACAUGUUCACCUUCAAAUCCGCUACCGCUAGAGAGAAUGCCGUAGAGAAGCCACCUAAAUUCGUGGGCAGGUGGGUGGGAGCCUUUACUAUUAAUGUGUUCGUAGUGGUAUGGGUUUUUGUAGUUGGGUUCGGGUUCGGUGGAUGGGCUAGCAUGACCAACUUUAUACGACAAAUCGACAAUUUUGGUUUCUUUGCCAAAUGUUAUCAGUGCCCACCUCCUCCUCCGCCAACGCAAAUGCGUAACUUUACGGUGGCUGCGCCGCCUCCACUCCACCACCAUCACCACCACUAACCGUCUUCUCAACUCCUUGGCUAGAUUUUGUGACGUUUUUUUUGCGAGCUACUUUCACAGCCAAAAUAGAUAAUCGAUAGGAUUCGUUUUCGUUUUCGUUCGUCUUUGACCAACCCCCACUUUGGUUCUUCUAUGUUCGACAUGUAGUUUCGAUUUAUAGAAGGCUCGGGGUCAAUUGUUGUGUUUUAAAAUAUAAAAA